AAUCCUUUGCGCGCUCUCUAAAAUCUACUGCUGCUCAGCUUUCACUCUGCCCGCUCUGCUACGUCAAGCGAUUUUGCUUCCCUCUCACGAUCGAUUUGGGAUUCUUCAUAACAUUUGACAUUGGACGCAGGAGAUUCUCCACCCUCGCAAGCCUCCGAAAUCUCCUCAGCCCUGCCUCUCGCUUGUAUGCGACGACCACGCAGACGUCCUGCACAUCUUGGAACCCCGCGCUCUUAGAAGGGCUUGGGCGCAAAAAAAGUACCUUGCGCCUCCCUCCCCCCUCUAUUGGCCAAUAUCCCACCUGCUUCUGUUCGAAUCUCGUCCUCACCCCAACACUGGUGUCGACAUCACCACUGGGCGUUCACAGACUCCUGCUCCCUCCAAACGCUUUCCUACUAUGAAUGAUCAGGAGGGUGCACAAUGGUCUGCUUCUCAUCAAGAGUUCGAUUCCAUGGCGCAACAAGUCCCGGAUCACGACUUUGCCAAUUUUCUCGACUUAGGCGAUCUGGGCGACCUCGAGUUUAGUUUCGAUAGCAAUGGCGCUCCUAUUCGCGAGCCUAGUCAGCAGCUCAAUGAGCUUCCUGAUGGUAUGCAUAUGCUUCAUAUGGGUUCAGACGUGCACUCCACUCAGACACAGAUAGCAAACGUGCACCAGCAACAUGUACAGCAAUUUCGCCCGGCGCAGCACUCGAUUUCACAGCCAGACCCCUCUGACGGUAUUUACGAUAUGAAGUACGGCUUAGGAAUGAAUUUAUAUACCAAUUCACAGUCACAAUUUGGAUAUCAAGCAGAUCAACAGCGCUUUGUCUCACACUCAGCUAUCCCGCCUACUCCCAACAGUCUAGAGAUCCACGCAGGCGCGCGAUACGUCCAGCAGUACCAGCCGCAGCAGCAUGCACAUCAACAGCAUACGGAUCCCCAAAAGCAGACUCCCUACCAACUCAGAAAUGAUGAUGCUGCCUCACUUACCCCGCUUGUAUCACCAGCUGUUACACCUCAAGAGGCCGCUUUUCGAGUGCAACAAGAUUUUACCGUACCAGGCGCAUACUUCAGCCCUCUGACUUCGCCGGCGCUUGAGGCGCAGAGGAAACGACACCACGUUAACCAACACACACCUGGAACUUCUGCAAGCUCAGCUGCGACUUCACCUAUAGAUACAGACGUGGACAUGUUGGAUCAUGUAACCCAGGACACUGCGAGACAAGUAAGAUAUAGCACAGGUAACAAUAGAAGAAAUGGGCCCCGCUCGGCGACUUCGGCGUCAAAAGUAAGGCAAUCGCCGAUUCAACGAGCGAGACGGAAAUCGAAGCCGUCGUCAAAUAUAACACCGAAAGAGAUAGUAAUGUUGAAAGAAGCUGAGGCAGCACAAGCUGGGGAUUUACGACGACAGCGAGCCUCUGGAUACGGGCUAGAUGUACCACAUCCCAGCCAAGAAGCCUCAGACGCUUCCAUCUCUCCAGAACCCCUGACGGAAUCAUUGAUGGGUCCGCCCCCCAGACCUGCAUCAUUAACACAAUCGCCAAACAUUUUGGGUAACAACAUGAGCGGGCACAAUCAUGGGGUAGCACCUGCUACACCUGCUUCGCUCAUGCGCCUCCAGAACGCUCCCGAAGAAAACUCCCCAAACAUACAACCAAACGGCCGCUCCGCUCCGGGAUGCCCCCCUAUUCUCGAAGAUCUGAAUCUACCUGAAGCAGCUCAAAGGCCAGUCGUAUUGCGCGAUCCUUCUCAUAAUGGUGCCUUGACUCCUCGAGCAAUGGCUAGGAAAACCCCGAAGCUUGGCCCUCGUAUGACCCCUUCUGCUGGCGCAGCACUUUCAGGUAGACCCAGCCCCUCGCUCUCUGCCAUGGCCUCUCCAACCACACCCAUUACACACAGCCCUGGGAUGGGCCGAAAACUCGACGCAAAGGGCAGAACCAGCAAGAAACGGAACAGUACGUCAAGUACACUCGUAAGCCCAGCAUUACGACCCAAGAUAAGUCCAAGUAUCAAGCCUUUGCUUCCUGAAGGCUCCCAGGGCAUGACAGAUGACCAGCAUGCCCUCCUGUUGGCCUCAAAAUCAAAUUACCAGAAUAUCUUGGAAGGCACACACGUACCGGGAGUCAACUACCCUGAAGCUCUUUCAACCAACCUGACGUCGAAACGAACGUCUCACAAGAUUGCCGAACAGGGUCGCCGUAACCGUAUCAACACGGCCCUGCUAGAAAUGCAAUCACUCUUGCCCUCACCUGUCGUAUCGAAGAACAACAGUAAAUCGCCUGGAAACGACGCCAAGUCCACCGAAGAGGAACUUGAGACUCCUGAGGCCAACAGCAAAUCCAACAGUGGGAGUGCGGCUGCUCAGAGCAGCUCGAAAGCUGCAACUGUCGAGCAAGCUAUUGAUUAUAUCCGAACGCUACAAAAGGAAAGGGCAGAUGUAGACAAGGAACUGGAAGUAUUAAGACAGAAAGUGAAAUUGCUGGAAAGUGAGUCAAGGACAGUGAGCGAUGGUAGCCAAGGCGGUUGAUCCGGCGAUUCUUCUAGUGGGCUGCCGGGUCGGCGGACUUUCUGGUUCCUGCGGGAAGUAUUGAUUCCAGAAAGACUUAAUCGGCUGGCACGAGCAUAAAGGAGUUUACGCGUCCUAACAUCUGUUUGUUAAACACAGUACACACGAGCGAUGAGGUUGUCACACGAACGCUGCUUUCGUCGCAUAAGAUUUUUUAUGGUAAUAUGGUAUGUUUGAACCAUUCAUGUUGUUCAGGUAGAAGCAUAGCAACUGUUGUAGCCUCGUAGACGGUAGAGUGUUGGAGCGCAUGUUUUCUAUUCGAUAAAGGGGACUAGCGUCAUAUGUACCCACAUUUGGGAGAGGAUGUUUGAGCAGGGAGUGACUACAGCCAGACAGACCUGUCAAUCCGGCGACUUUGGUCAAAAAAUUGAUUUAUCACACCCAAUACUUAGCA